AUGAGCCAGAUUCCGAUCUCGGCAGCGAUGAUCGUCGGUCAGCAGUACGGAUUCGACACGCCGACUUCGGUUCAAGGGCGCCGAAAUGAUCGCCGAGAAGUGGGACAUCAGCCGCGAAGAGCUCGGAAGUGGGCCCUGCAGAGCCAUGAGCGCGCCAAGGCUGCAAUCGCCGCGGGUCGCUUCGACAACGAGAUCGUUGCCAUGGGCGACGCGACUGUCGACGAAGGACCCCGCGAGACCAGCCUCGAAAAGAUGGCGACGCUCAAGGUUCUCGUCGAAGACGGCCGCAUGACUGCAGCGGUGGCCAGCCAGAUCUCCGAUGGUGCGAGUGCGCUGCCGCUGGCGUCGGCGGAAGCGGUGGAGAAGUACAACCUCAAGCCCCGUGCCCGGAUUCAUCACCUCAGCGCUCGCGGCGACGACCCGAUCUUCAUGCUCAGUGCGCCGAUUCCGGCCACGAAGCAUGCUCUCGCGAAGGCCGGUCUGAGCAUCGAGGACAUCGACAUCGUCGAGAUCAACGAAGCUUUUGCCCCGGUCGUCCUGGCCUGGAUCAAGGAGAUCGGCGCAGAUCCGGCCAAGGUCAACGUCAACGGCGGCGCGAUCGCACUCGGUCACCCGCUCGGCGCGACUGGCAACAAGCUGAUGGCGACCCUGCUCAACGAACUCGAAGGCGCACCGGCGCGGCUC